AUGUGGGAUUUGACGAGUGAUUUGCGUUCCGCUCGGUCUUAUAUAAAUCAACUCCUCAAAAAUACCUAUACUGCAGCAGUCAACGGUCUUGGAUUGAACAGUAAAUCAGCAUCACAACCACAGCCUCUCUUGCCACUUACCGUCUCCCGGCAAGGAACCAGUGGAAAUCAAUCCCGACUAAUGAUGAAAUCUGGCAAGCCCGCGAGUCUCCUUCUGGUUGCUCUUAUGAUCUUGGCCUCGGCGACCGUUCUUCCCCUUCCGGGACUGGAAUCUUACCCAGAGGGAGCUGCCGCUUUGAAGACUGAUGUAGCUGCAAAUGACCAAAGUGUACUUGCUGGGCUGGACACCGAAUCAGGUGGGUCUUCUCCAUUUCCUCCUGUAGGUUACAUAGAGGGCAUGUGGGUUGAGUGUAUACACUCAAUCUGUCAAGGUGUUUGA